UGAAAUCGGUGGGAGGAGAAGGAAGUUUAAUUUCCCGUAAGGUUUUUCUGUUGUUGUUCAGUCGGUUAAUGAGGUCGCACGUCAACUGAUCAGUGAAUAGAAUCGCAUAAAAGUGAGCCUCAUAUUUCUGUGAGAUAUGGUCUCUUCAAUGACUACUGAGACUAAUGGAGUGAGGAUAGUGACCUAUGUUAUUCCACUGGAGCAAAAAAUGGAGUCUCCGGACCUAAAGGCGAGCUUGGUCAAACAAGAAAAGUCCAACCUGCCACCAAGAACAAGGAUGUUCCUGAAGGGGAAGCCUAUGUCACUGGGGUUGAUGCAGGUUUUUACUGGUUUGGUAAUCUUGACUCUGUGUACCAUCACACUACUUGUCAACAUGCUGAGUGCUGAGUUUGUAAUCUGCCUUGGGCUUCCUUUUGUCAUCUCUGGGUUUGUGGCAAUUGCUGCACAUAAGAGAUCCAGUCGUUCUCUGAUCAAAGCCACACUGGCCAUGAGUGUGAUCUGUGUUCCUCUGGCUGCUGCAGGAACUGCAUACUUCAGUUGGGAGCUCAGCAACAGACCCGGGGAUGACCCUUGUGACGGCGGAAGUUAUUGGUCUUGUUCAAACUUGUUUUGGAGAUUUAAUAAUUUGGUUGAUGGAAUGAGGGGUCUUCUGCUGGUGCUGUCUGUUCUUCAACUGUGCGUGUGCAUCGCUAUGUCCAUCUUUUCCAGCCGGGCCAUCCUCCAGGAUGAUGAAACUGAUGUUGAUUCCUACGGCAGUCAAACCAGUCUCCUGAAGGAUGGGGUGGAUUGCGCCUCCAAACCCUGAACGGCCACACACUUAUUGCCAAGGUUUAGGCAAAAGUUUAAUCAUCACAUAACCUAAACCUUAUAACAUUUGCUUUGUUUCUUAUGGAAUUUUUAUAAUACAGCAUAGCCAUUUCCCAUUAAAUGGUUUGUAAUUUUUGCGGUAUCACCUGGUAUACAUACACACUUCUGUACGGGAAUGUUCCGUGGGACAUAUAGCACACUUCUUGCUGACUUUAUGAAUAAAAUGCACUUUGUAUUUCA